AUGUCUGUGGGAGUGAACCACUCUUGGAGGGGGUCUGUGUUUCACCCUUCCUCCAUCAAUAUCUCCUUCCACUCCCACCUCACCCCUUCUACUGACCUUAUUGUAGCCAUCAUCCUCAUCAUCACAGGGGUGGUAUCUGUGACUGGGAAUGGGGUAGUGUUACUGACUCAUGGACGGAAGCGGAAGAAGCUGAGAGCUCAUGAGCUGAUGACCAUAAAUUUAGCAGUGUGCGAUUUUGGUUACAGUGUGCUGGGGGCGCCAUGCGUAGUUGUCUCCAGUUUGUCUCAUGGGUGGAUUCUGGGGGAUGUGGGCUGUUUGUGGUACGGCUUUCAGGGUUUUGUGUUUGGGGUUGGCUCCCUCUUCACCACCUGUCUCAUUUCCCUAGACCGCUGCUUCAAGAUCUGCAGCCUUCGCUACGGUCAGUGGAUUGAGAGGGGGCAUGUUUCUCUGUCCCUUGCUCUGAUGUGGGCAUACACCCUCUUCUGGGCUGUUCUCCCUGUGUUUGGUUUUGGCAGUUAUGGUCCUGAACCUUACGGAACAAGUUGCACUAUAAACUGGUGGAGAAUGAAAUUAUCUCUGAAUGACAGAAUCUACGUCUAUCUGAUCCUGCUGAUGUGCUUUGUUAUUCCUACUCUCAUCAUCCUUACCUCUUACAUCGCCAUCCUAAUCACGGUUUAUCGCUCUGGUCGCACUGUGGCCUCCAUUUCCUCGUCUUCUGUCAGCCAUGGCAGCAGUAAAGACCUGCGUCUGACCAAGAUAGCAGCAGUGGUGUGUUCCUCGUUCCUCAUAGCCUGGACACCAUAUGCCAUUGUUUCCUUCUACUCUGCUCUCACCAUCAAGGACGAGCAAGAAGAGGCCAGAGGAGCUGGCAUGGUGACAGAAAUCUCAGGAACAGGAACUGGACACACGAGUGGUGGAUUUUCUGACUACUUCAGCUUCCACCCCUUCAUCAACUGGACAUCCACAGAAAACUAUGGAGAUAUAUAUGACUCCUGGAGGAACGUGACCCCAGAUCAGUACAGCCACCACGGGUCCAGACCCAGCUCUACAGUGGUUGCUGACAGAGCAGAGCAUCAGGGUCACCGGCCUGUGUCUAGUCUGAGGCCUGAGGUCAGUCUGAUCCCAGCCAUUUUUGCAAAGUCACACUGCAUGAUCAAUCCUUUCAUCUACCAGAUUAUGAAUCGCGACUUCAGAGAGGACGUCUAUGACAUGUUCUGCUGGGGAGGAGAGAAUGGAAAGAGACGGAGGAGGAGAGGGAGAGGAGGGAGUGAUUCCAGUGGUUUUCACAGCAGCAUCAGUCUCUCUUACUCUCACAUUUGGAGGAGGAGAAGCACAGCGACCUCACACUCAUCUGUGGAGCGAGGGAUGAAAGAGGAGGAUAUAGGGAAAGGAAACAGACAGACGGGGCCCUGGCAGGACGACACUUCUGCAGGAUGGACAUCUCUUGAUGCUGCCACUGUGGACAUACAGACCAACCUACAGAGGGAGCAAGGGAGCAAAGGACAGAAGGAGACAGAGAGGGAGAAAUGUGAAUCCACAUCUAGCAGCUUGCUGAAUUAUGAGGACUGACGACAAGAACAAAAUGUCGGUAGCCAAGGUUUUUACAGAAUCAAAAAAUGUAGAUUUAGAAAGUCCAUAAGAGUCCAGAGUGUUGGCAUGCUCAUUCCUCCAGGAUUCCCUGGACCAUGAUUUCCUUUUGUUCUGCCCUCAGUGCCAUGGACUGUCUCUCUGAUAUAUUUCUAUUCAGUAAUGUGCGAUUACACAGCACAUGCUAAAUAAAUAGGCACUUGGCACAAAUCAUUGUCAUAUAAAUGAGCUGAAACUUUCGGUAGAAUG